AUGACUUCACAAAAGGAUUCCUCCAACUCCGUGGCUACGGAAACAAAUAAACAAAUCGAUGUCAACACAAAUGCUCCUUCUGUUGGAAACGAUUCAAAAGAAGCAAACUCAGAAAAGAAAGAAAAUGGUAAAACGACUGCGCACGGAGAAUAUAAUUCGAAUGCAACACCAAAUCCUACCGUUCCCCUUCCCUUAUCACCGACUCCAAAUUUUUAUUAUACCAAUGGUUCAGCUCAAAGUUAUGUAGACCAACAAACCGCUAUCGCCGCUGAGGCAUACCAAGCUGCUAUGGCAGCAGGAUAUGAUGUUAGUGAUCCUAACGCUUUCGCUGCGUAUGGUCAGUAUGGAAUGCAUCCGCAGUAUUCCCAAUUCUAUUCCGCUGAUUAUGGUACUGCAUAUUCUGGAGCACCUUCCCUUCAAGGUCAAACUUCUCCGUCCUUAGCUCCACAAUCUUUGAGUCCGUAUUUUACUGCUACUAGUCCUCCAAUAGCUUAUUAUCCUACGUCUCCUCAAGUCGGCCCAACCGGAAUAAUUCAUUCACCCCCAAUGCAUCCAUAUUUAUAUUCACCACAAUCUCCUUAUGGGAUGUUGCACACACUCUCCCCUACCCUUUCACAUACUUCGUCUUCUGCUCCGAACUCUCCACCUCCCCAAUAUCUUCCCGGUCCAGGAGUUCCCUCACCUAAAGUUGGUCCUCUAAAUAGUAGUCGUGGAAUCAAUCGUUCUCAAGCAACUCAUUAUAAUUAUAACAGAAGAAAUUCUGGUUCUAAUCAAAUUCCCAAUCUCCCUAAUUUCAGUAAUCCUACAAAAACCACAAAUAUUUAUAUUCGUGGUUUACCACAUACAACCACUGAUGAAUCUUUACAUUCAAUGUGUUCCAUAUAUGGUACCAUCACUUCUUCAAAGGCUAUUAUCGAUCAAAAACAAGGUGAUUGUAAAGGCUAUGGUUUCGUGAUGUAUGAAACUGAAGAUCAAGCUAAGCAUGCCAUUGAACAAUUAACGCGAUUGGGAUUGCAAGUUUCCUUCGCUAAG